AUGGCGACCGAUCCCAGCCAGAAGGAAGCCCAAGUUGCGCUAAUUCUUGGCCCGGAUUCGACUCAUCUCGAAUCCCUAAUUUCACACUUGAUGUCGUCGUGCAACGAGCAGCGCUCUCAGGCGGAGUCUCUCUUCAACGUCUGCAAGCAGACUCGCCCGGAAUCCCUCCUCUUGAUGCUGGCCCACCUCCUCCACACCGCACCCAACCCGGAAACCCGCACCAUGUCCGCCAUACUCCUACGCCGCCACCUCACGCGCCACCACGAUUCCUUCCUCUGGCCCCUCCUCUCCCCCGCCGCCCGCUCCUCCCUCCACUCCCUCCUCCUCUCCUCCCUCCAACAAGAACCUGUCAAAUCCAUCGCCAAGAAGCUCUGCGACACCGUCUCCGAACUCGCCGCCGCAAUCCUCCCCGACGACCCCAACGCCUGGCCCAACCUCCUUCCCCUCCUCUUCCAGUGGGUCACCUCCCCUGAACCUAGACUACAGGAAAUCUCGCUCCUCAUAUUCGCCCAAUUAGCACACUACAUCGGUCAAACCCUACUCCCUCAAUUGUCCACUCUCCACUCCGUCUUCCUCCGCUGCCUCCACUCCUCCACCCCCUCUGACGUCCGCAUCGCCGCCCUCGCCGCCUCUAUCAACUUCAUCCAGUGCCUCACUAGUUCCUCCGACCGCGACCGCUUCCAGGACCUGCUCCCUCUCAUGAUGCAGACGCUCACCGAGGCCCUGAACUCCGGCCAGGAGGCAGUCGCGCAGGAGGCGCUCGAGCUCCUUAUCGAGCUCGCCGGCACCGAGCCGCGGUUCCUCCGGCGCCAGAUUGUCGACGUGGUCGGCUCCAUGCUGCAGGUGGCGGAAGCCGAGGCCUUGGAGGAAGGGACGCGGCACUUGGCGAUCGAGUUUGUUGUCACUCUCGCCGAGGCCAGGGAACGCGCCCCCGGGAUGAUGAGGAAGUUGCCGCAGUUUGUGAGGAAGCUCUUUGGCGUGUUGCUGAAUUUGUUGUUGGAUAUCAAGGAUGAUCCUGCGUGGCACGCUGCAGUGGAUGAAGAUGAGGAUGCAGGUGAGACAAGUAACUAUGGGUUUGGACAGGAGUGUUUGGAUAGGCUGUCGAUUUCGCUGGGUGGGAACACCAUUGUGCCUGUUGCUUCUGAGUUGUUGCCCACUUACUUGUCUGCUCCUGAGUGGGAAAAGCACCAUGCUGCACUUAUUGCGCUUGCGCAGAUUGCGGAGGGUUGUUCGAAGGUAUAUCCACUUGCUUAG